AUGUACAAAUUCAAAACCCAAUUGAUCUGUCGACUUCAGGCACAGCACACGUGGGACCUCUUUAAACUACAAAAUGUGCAUAUCCUCACUGAGAUAUCCGUGCCCAAAGCCGGAUUCAUCUUUCGUGCGAUAUCUGAUGAAGGGAAACACCUUGUGGAUUUACUCCUCUUACCUGACAAUAAGAUCUCGCUAACUUUGCCGCUGAAAUCAGGUUGGACACGGCGGUACACAUUGCCAUUGCCACAGCAUCAGAAUAAAGACGUAGUCCUGAUAACAUUUGAAAAGAAAUACAUCUCGAUCGUGGUGAACUGUGUGCAGUUGAUGAUGGAAGCUAUCGAGGAUUUGAGCUUCCCUGGGACAUCGCCGACAAUGCUUCUAACGAACCGGCACGAUACGUUACGGAUUGAUUCUGGUAAUCCCACCAGAGAUAUGUGCCCGAAAUUGGCUAGUUCCCUGGGGAAUGUCGAAAUCGAAAACUCUGAAGGCUUGCGCGAGAACGAGAAUGAUAAGGAAUUAUCCGCGGGUCCGCGAAGAAGUAUGAGAAAUUGUUUGUACAAUGGACGUAGGCGAGGACACACAGAAGCAUUUUGGCCAGAACAAUGCGUUCGUUGCUACUGUGAUGACGGUACGACAACCUGUCAGUACCAGUAG